CUUAGCCUUGUGAAAGACAUUUUCCUAAGAUUGUUUUUCUGAUGCAAACAUUGAAGUGACGGAUGUCGCUUUUUGCCUGCAACUCACCAGAAAGAGGAAAUCAAAACAAAAAGAUUAUCUCCUUUGCUGACGAUGAACACACUGGAAUUAUUUGUUUUGAUCCUUCUGCUUUGCUAUGAAGGCAUCGGUGGACAGCCAGUUUUGUUUUCCAGCGAAGGAGGCGUGGCCAUCCUGCCCUGCAGCCAGCCCUCAUGCUCUGAGUCUAACUUCAAGUGGCUCUACAGCAGACAAGGUACUAGGACCCUCCUGGAGGUGGACGAAGGCAAGGUGGUGUUCACCGAGCCCAGGUCUCGGCGUCUCAGCUUGGGGAACGGCUGCUCGCUGGUGGUCAACAAUGUGACGGGGGAGGACGCUGGCUACUACACAUGUCGGGUGCAGCGUGACAGAAGCAUGUUCUUGGCUGUUUUGACGCUGUCAUCUCCUGGGGGCGCCGAUCCUAGCAGAGACGGUCACGUGACCCUCAAGUGCACCCUGACUAACUACGAUGGACAAUGUCCUGAGAAGAGUCUUCACUGGGUGGACGAGGGAGGCUCCCAUUUACGUCCAGAAGGCGGAGCUGGACACGAGUUCAUCCAGGAGCUCAAUUGCGAGUCGCACAUCAAAGUGAAGCGUCAGCCAGGUCACGACAGGAAGUACACGUGUCAGUAUGGAGAAAAUGACGUCAAGAUCCAGGCCGAGAUCACGCCGGCCUUCGCGGGUGGUCAACCUAUAGCUCCACCACCUGAACACACCCGGCUCAUCAUCAUCAUCAUCGCUGCUGCAGUUGGAGCCUUGGUGCUGCUGCUGGUCGUCGUAUUCGUGGUCGGGGCUAAAAUCAGGCAAAGGAGAAACGUGACGAAAGAUUUGCCAAAACAUGAUGAGAGCAUGGUGACCUACGACAGUGUCACUUACGACAAGAAAAGCUCCGCCCACAAGGCCGCGUUAGAGGACGACGCAGAGAGCACAAUUGUGACGUACGCUACUGUAAGCCACAAAAAGCAGAACACUAGCUCUGAGGUCAAGCAGGAGGAAGAGGUGGUGACCUAUGCUGCCAUCAGGAAGACGGCAAGCACCAAACCAGACAAUGAUGGCAGCACAUAGAAAGAGGAAAUGAGUCAUUUUGUAAAAAUUUAGGACCACGCCAGAGAGUAUUAAGACCAUACCUUCUGUCAAAAAAUGAUUUAUGGGGGGGGGUCAUAAAUCAAUGAUUUAUGAGGGGUCAUAAAUCAAAGGUCAAUGAUUUAUGAGGGGUCAAGGUCAAAGUCAAAGGUCAAAGUCAAAGGUCAGGGUCAAAUGUCAAGGUCAAGUGGGUGUGGCUUACCCCGGAAGAGGGUGGAGUUAAGACCUGCGGUGGGAGUGGUUAAACCAGGAAGAGGGUGGAGUUUUAACCAGAAAGAGGGCAGAGUUAAGACCUGCGGUGGGAGUGGUUAAACCAGGAAGAGGGUGGAGUUAAGACCUGACGAGGGAACAAAGGAGGGUUCAGUUUUUUAAGAAAGCAAUGUCAUCUGAGCAGCAUGUGAUCAUAUAUUUGAUAGUUUAAAUGUUUACGAUCGUUUGAAACAACUUCCAGAUUUCGAUGUAUUGAUGGCUGGGAAUGUUACGUGUGGAGAUGUGGACACGCACGCACUUCACACACGCACACACACACACACACACACACACACACACACACACACACACACACACACACACACACACACACACACACACACGCAGAGGAGGGGUACAAAAGGGCGGUGUAAGGCUUAGUCAUUAUUUGGAGCUUUAUACGUUAGCGUAAAGACUUUGUUCGAUUCGGUCAUGGUUAGUGAAACGCCUGUGUCGAUUUAUAAAAAUAAUAAAACUUACAUUGACGCUCCGCAAAAAAGUCGAGUGUUUCUAAAUCGUAUUCAGAAAUGGGUGAUAUCUGCUUAUUUCAGCUAAAAGAAAGAAGAGACGGAAGCCCUUUCUCGAUAUUUUCAUCGUUAUCUACCGUGGAUUGGGAAGUUUUUGGUGGACACGCACACACACGCACACACACACACACACACGCACACGCACACGCACACACACACACACACACACACACACACACACACACACACGCACGCACACACACACACACACACACACACACAUUCGUACGCACACAUCGUUAAGACCAGAAGAGGGGACAAAGGAGGGUUCAGUUUUUACUGACCAGCCAUUUGACAGUUUAAAUGUUUACGAUCGUUUGAAACAACUUCCAUACCUCACGAAAACAUAUUCAAACAGAUGGAGAAACUAUCGCAGAACACAGUGUAACCUAGCCACUGGCCAGCCAUUUGACAGUUUAAAUCGUUUGAAACAACAGGUCAGUUUGGGGGACAAAGGAGGGUUCAGUUUUUACUGACCAGCCAUUUGACAGUUUAAAUGUUUACGAUCGUUUGAAACAACAGGACACACACACACACACACACACACACACGCACACACACACACACACACACACACACACACACACACACACACACA